AUGGACAAUGCUGUGUCCGUCCUCUUGGGUUUCCCUCCAUCGCAGCCAUUCGCGACAGAUGAGGACUAUGACAACGCCGUCAACUUUCAUCUGCAACAAAUAGACCGCCUCUUCAGCAAGGAGACUGCCACCAUCGCACAGCAAGGCAUCAACAUCCUCAAGUUAUUGGACCCCGCCGUCAACAGCAUUUCCUACCUCGCUGUCUUCAACACCCUCUCCGAGACCACUGCCUUCUCGUCCGAGCAGAGAUUAAACGCCCUUGUCACAUUUCUCUUGACCUUCGAUCCCAGACAAAUUCGAUACGUGGGAAACCACCUCACAACAUGGCUGGACAAGGUGGCAUCGGGCACGCUUCUUCCACACGACUUGGCAGUCGAGGUUCUAGCAAAAGCGAUCCUCCGACUCGAUCCCAGCGGCGCCAUGCUGACUUCCCAUCACCUAUCCCUCGUUCGACUAGCCUACGAUAACAAUGUUGCCGAGCCAGCGUUCCAAGUCACUGACAAACAAAUCGUUUACUUCCCCGGCAUGUCCAGAGACCAGGGAUCCGCCAAUCGAGCCGCGAAUGCCCCAACCCAGAAGCCUCUCUGCGACCUGAGUCUUCCUCCGACGGGCUACAUCAUGGUGGAGACGGGCCUGACUACUGCGGUCACGGUUGACCAAGUCCUACAGUACGACUUCACCUGCGGUUUGUUGUACUGCUCAAAGCGGCAGUGGCAAAAGGCGCGCGCGGCCUUCGAGCGAGUCAUCACACAUCCUACACGCGACGGCGGGGUUAGCAAGAUCAUGACCGAGGCUUUUAGCAAAUGGGUUCUUGUCAGCCUCCUCAUCAACGGCCGUACCCCGACGAUUCCUGCCACCACAGGCCCAAAUGCGACCAAGACAUGCGAAACGAUGGCAAAACCCUACCUGGCCAUCGCCUCUCAUUUUGAUUCCAUGUCUGCUACAAACCUCAAAGCAGAAGUCGAGGCGAACUCGGGCGUCUGGGCGAACGAUCGAAACACAGGACUGAUCCAGGAGGUCCUGGCCGCACACCAGAAGUGGCAGAUCAUUGACAUGAGAAAGGUGUACUCCAAGGUGUCGCUCGCUGACAUUCGUCAGCAAACAUCCAGUGCUGAGACGGGCGACCUUCUGCCCAGCGACAAGGACGUGGAGGCGCUGAUACAGGGCAUGAUCAGCUCUGGCAUGCUGAACGGCGUUAUCGAGAAGCCCGCCGACAAGUCGCCGUACCUCAAGUACCUGUCCGAGUCGGGCGACCUGUCCGAGAAGCAGUUUCAGAGCGAGAUAGCCGCCAUCUUCGCCAAGAUGAAGGACCUCGAGGCCAUCUACAAGGCGACCAGCGCGCGCCUGAGCACGAACCCGCACUAUAUCAAGCAGCAUAUUAGGGAAUCCCAGCGCGAGAAGGAGCUGGGUCACAACAAGGGCGCGUCGUUCGAGGCUGCCGUCGACGAUGAGGACCUCAUGACUGGUCUGACUGAAGGAGGCGCCAUGUAG